AGGUGGGUGCAGGCGUCCCAGAGAGACCCUGACUCCAUCUCCCAGGAGCCUCGGGAGCUGCGGUGUUGGCGCCGGGUAGCGAGAGGCCGGUCUCGGAGUCCCCAGCCCGGCUGCGUGCCGCUGUGUUUUGGGGAUGAGGAGUCUGAGACCUACACGAGUUAAGUGCCUCAGUUCAUAAGAAUUGGAGCCCAGGACACCACUGUAUCAGCCUGCCACUAGGUCUAAAGGAGCGCUUGAGCAGAAUGGCUGUCGGAUGGUUUUACCUGUCCUGCCUGGUGCUGGGGUCCCUGGGCUCCAUGUGCAUCCUCUUCACCAUUUACUGGAUGCAGUACUGGCGCGGUGGCUUUGCCUGGGAUGGCAGUACGUACAUGUUCAACUGGCACCCGGUGCUCAUGGUUACUGGCAUGGUGGUGUUCUACAGUGCUGCGUCACUGGUAUACCGUUUGCCCCAGUCGUGGGUGGGACCCAAGCUGCCCUGGAAACUCCUCCAUGCAGCCCUGCACCUGAUGGCCUUCAUCCUGACGGUGCUGGGACUGGUUGCCGUCUUUAAAUUUCACAACCAUAACAAAAUCGCCAACCUCUACUCGCUGCACAGCUGGCUGGGUAUCACCGCCGUCUUCCUCUUCGCCUGCCAGUGGUUCCUGGGCUUUGCCGUCUUCCUGCUGCCCUGGGCGCCCGUGUGGCUGCGCAGCCUCCUUAAACCCAUCCACGUCUUCUUUGGAUCCUCCAUCCUCUCUCUGGCCAUUACGUCUGUUAUUUCCGGCAUUAACGAGAAGCUUUUCUUCAGUUUGAAAAAUGGCACCAACCAGUACUCCCACCUGCCCAGUGAGGCCAUCUUUGCCAACAGCACUGGGGUGCUCGUGGUGGUCUUCGGGCUGCUGGUGCUCUAUAUCCUUCUGGCUUCAUCUUGGAAGCGCCCAGAGCCGGGGAUGCUGACUGACAGACAGCUGCCGCUACAGCUGAGGCCUGGAUCCCGGCCUUUCCCUGUGACUUACAAGCCUGUCGCUGUCAGGCAGCCCUGCGAACCCUGGUAACCUGCUCUCCCAAGAACAGACCUGUCCCCAGCUGGCCCAUUCGGGAUGCGUAGCAGGGGUGCCUCAGACUUCUGUACGUCUCCUUGCUGGAAGGUUCAACCUUGCUCUCUGGGCAGGGCCCUAACCCAGCUCAUUUUCACUCUCCAGCUCACCACGAAACAUGCCUAGUUCUGGUGCGUUGUGCCCAGCAGAGCCCUGGGUACCACGGCCACCUUCAGAGGUGUUCCUUGCUCAGAAUCAAAGUGCCUCACCUGCUCCCACCGUGGCGGCUUGCCUGGCCAAACCCAGUGUUGUGUGUUAUGCCAGAGUGUGAGCUGUUGGCUCUUCCCCAGAGGAGAAACUGGGGUGGGGAGGGAGGCAUGUUGCUCCUCUCCUAAAUGUUGGCACUGUGGCUUUUCCUGCUCUCUCCAGACAAGUGCUGCCAGGUCCCAGGCUCCAUGCUGCUGUGCAUGGAUGACAAGUAGCAUGGCACCUGGGGUCCCGAGCGCGCUUACUCUUAGUAGGUGGCGAUGAGGCCGACUGUCCACCCCAACCCACGUGGCCAGAUGUCGGCAGGAGGGCUAUGAUUGAGCUUCCGGAGUGGAUGAAGUCUUCAAAGCCAUUGGGAUGACUGCCAGGCACCUUGGUCACACGACCAGCUCCCCCGCUUUCCAUAUGGGUGGGCAUUUUGCUUGUUUAUGAAGCCUGAUUUUCAUUAAACAUGUUUUUAAGAAU